AUGAAGAAGACACUGCUGCUGUGUUUUAUACACGGUUUCAAGGGGGGUGACUCGACCUUUGGAGACAACUAUGCAUUCACCGAGCACCUGCGACAACUCGUCGCGAAGCAGCUACCAAAAGUCGACGUCAAAGUGCUUGUGUAUCCAAAGUAUGAGACCCGCGGCGACUUGGGAGAUUGCGUAGAGAGAUUCCGAGACUGGCUCCUGGAGAAAGUCAUCGACCUAGAAGUCGCCGCCGGCACGUCCUCGCCGACCAUCGACCCCUCCGUCCACACCGUCCUAGUAGGCCACUCGAUGGGCGGCAUCGUGGCGGCUGAGACCGUCAUCGCGCUGACCUCCGACCGUCCCGUACACGGCAGCACCGACCCGGCCAACGACGAUCUCCCCGAGGCCGCCGCCGCCGCCGCCGCCCCGCCGCCGCGCCCGCGCUCGCCCACCCCGAACUCCCUCAUGUUCCCCUACGUCCGCGGCGUCCUCGCCUUCGACACCCCUUUCCUCGGCGUCUCCCCGGGCGUCGUCGCCCACGGCGCAGAGGGCCACUACGCCACCGCCUCCUCGGCCAUCUCCCAGCUGGGCGGCAUCGCGGGGAUCUGGGGCGCCGCGGGCGCCGCCAACAAGGCCGCUACGCCACCACCCGCGCGGGCCGCGCUCCCGGCACCGGCCGGGGACAAGGACAAGGACAGGCCCGCGAGCCCGUGGGCGCGGUGGGGCAAGGUGGCCAUGGUGGCCGGGGCGGUCGGGGCGGUGGCGGCGGGGGGCGCGGCGGCGUACAUGAACCGCGAGCAGAUCACGUCCGGGCUCGGGUGGGUGUCGUCGCACCUCGAGUUCGUCGGGUGCCUGGGCCGCAAGGAGGAGCUGCGGCGCCGCGUCGCGUACAUGGUGCGCCUCAACCGGGACGUCGGCGUCGGGUUCGGCAACAUCUACACGCGCCUGGGCAAGGCCGCCGGCUCCAGGACCGCGAACGGCGUCGUGGGCACGGUGCUGGGGAGCGAGAGGACGUUCUGCGUCGUGCCGAGGAAGGACGAGGCCGGCGAGUGGAGGGUGGCCGUCAACGAUGCUGCUACUGACGAGACGUUGGCGCAUAUGUCAAUGUUCACACCGAGGGAUAACCCGGGAUAUGCGAGGCUCGCCAGCGAUGCCACGCAGCUCAUUACGCAAUGGGUGCGGAAUGACUGGUACGAGAGCAGCUCUCAGGAUGCGAUCGCUGGGUGAUUCUCAAAUGUGACGGCACUGGAGUACUGGGAUUCAGGGAUACCCCUUCUUCGAGAUGAUUAAUUAUACACUGGAACCAAUCGUGCUCUAUAUCGCCCG